AUGCCUUCUCUCCGUCUUCCUGAUAGUCACACUGUUCCGCAGUCUCUGUCCAGUGUUUUACUGCCAAACAACACUUCCUCGUCCCAGGAGGACCGAAAGAGCCCCCAAAUCGGAAGCAGAAACCACGAUGUUGACAAAGUUGCCCCACAUAUAGUCAUCAAUGGAAACGACAUGGACAAUUUCAGUGCCUUAUCAGAACCUACAGACGAUUUUUCUUUGUACAAAGACACAGUGAUGCGGCAGAAUCUAACCACAAAUGCAAGUAUAGUAUCUCCGGUGGCAUCCAACAAUAUCCUUAUGGACACCAACUUGAAGGAGCAUAAUAAGGCUCUAAUCGCAUAUUUGAAUCAACAGGGCCUUAAUAUGAAUCCGCUGAAAUUAUCUCCUUUCCAUAUCAAGGAGAAAAGCAUCAUCAACAACCUUGGACACCACCAUCAUGGUUUAUUCCAUUUGUCUCCGAGCGCAAACCCAAAUAUUGAGACAUUCAUCACUGGCAACGGACAAAUUUUAUUUUUACCUUAUAAUCCACAGAAGAAGAAAAGACGCAGAAGGAAUAGGUCUUCACAAGAUGAAUACAAUGAUGAAGACAACGACCACGAAGAUAUGGAUGAUAACGAGCAAAACAUGGAAGCAGAUGAACCUUAUGAUCCUUGUGAUUACAAUAAUGCUUCGUGUAGCAAUAUCCUUAACGAUUCAAAUACUCAGCAGAAUAUCCAAUCAUCAGAGUUAAAUCACAACAUAACAUACCAUACAUUUGGAGUGAUUGUAAAAAUUAGGAAGUCAACAAGUUUAAAUCAAUUAAUCAAGGUGGAUUAUCAUACCCACUUAUCUUUGAAGUGGUCAGGUCCUGAUUAUUCCAAAAAAGAACCAAUUGAUGAGCGGUUCAAAUGUUCUGAAAAUAUUAAUUGGGAUUUGAACCUUUCAAACCCUGAUUGUUAUAUCCCUAUGGAUUUGAAUGCAGACCCGAGCAUAAACACUGAAAUGUCUACGAUUGACGAUUCAUCUGACUCAAUUUCGAUGGAGUCUUUAUCAAACUUGAGAAAAUAUUCCGACAUUGAAUAUUCUGCUAAACCUACUCAGAACAUCAAAAAAUAUACCCCAUUAUCAUCUAAAAAUUUAGUACCGGAGUCAACACAGUUAAACAAUGACACGUUUGUUGAAGAAAAUAUGUUUCAGGCUACAAUUGAAAACUCAACCAAGUCUUUUAGUGCUGGGUAUUACAUUUUUUUGCUUCCAGUAGUUUAUCCCUUGAAUACCCCGGAAACAAUAUACUUACGAAAUGCUGCUUUGCAACACUCUUUCUCCAUACAAAUACAAAAAGGUGCCGUUGCUAUCCCCACUUUGAAAGCACCACAGACAGUUUUUUUGUCAACCUCACCGACACAUAACAAGCAUUAUGAUGAUCAAUCGAACUCGUUUUCCUCUGCUUUAUCUUCACAGACAAUGGUCAACGUAAAUGAUAGUAUCUCCACUACUAAUACUUUAAAGUCUUCAUUUUUCAAGAAACUUGGUAUUCGGAGAAACUCUGUGUCUUCAAAUACGUCUGACCAUAUAAAUAUUGGGAGUCCACCUACUCCAAUGAAGCAAAAUCCCUUCAAUACCCACCAUUCGAAGAAUCCGACGAUAUAUCAUUAUAACUAUAAAUUGCCUGCUAUUAGGCUACCACCUUCAGAUGCAACUUCCACCCUCAACAAAUCAAUCUAUGUUAAUAAGGUUUGGAAUGAUGCUUUAAAUUAUGAGCUAUUGUUGCCUAGAAAGUUCACCCAACUUUCGCCUCCCAAGAACAUACAUGUUGGAGCAAAUGAUAAAUUUUUGAAAGAAAACAACUACCUGCUUCAAAUGAAGUUGGUACCGCUACAAAAGAGCUUAUUGUUAAAAAGGAUUAAGAUAAACAUAGUGGAGAAGGUAACUUAUAUCUCAAAUUCUAUUCCUGUGGAAAGGAAAAACACUAGGAGUGAGGAGAGAGUAAUUUCAAUGCUUGAGAUUACAACGAAAGAAAAACAAACUUUUAAGGGAAGUGGUUCUCAAGUACCACUAAAGACUCAUAUUAUUAAAGAUUGUCAAAAUGAUAAUUUACUAACAUACUGCUAUGAAGCUGAAACAUCCUCAGAUCCGAAGAAGAAGUUUACAUCGGAAGUUCCGGUCAAGGCCCACUCGCAUACAACUAAUACUGGGUUCCAUCCUAGCUCUAUUUUGAAAAGUCCUAAAAAAUCGUCGAAGUAUUCUGAUUCCCAGCAAGACACUUGUUCAUUCUUCACAGAGCCUGAUGUUGUAAUUACCAACCCCGUUAAGUUACAAUGCCCGCUGAACUUCGUUGCAAAUGACGAUGAAAAAUUCAUAGCAUCGGUUUAUGACCAUUUAUCUACCGAUGUAACCGAUUUAAACGAAUUGAAUGAUUUACCAGAAUCCAGCAGCAAAGUUGACUCCAUGUCCAUUUUUUCUGUGAACUCCGCCAAUGAUAACCAUGACCAGUUUUCCGAUGACGACUCGUUUAGUUUGACAUCUAAAUUUUCACCAAAACGUCAACGUGGAUUCUCAUUUUCAAGCCUGAAAUCAAAGGAUAAAGAAACUGGCGCUUCCCCGUCUGAUAAAAGUGACAGUCACACAUUUUUACCUGAUACAACAUCACCACACCUAAAGAUUAGGCACCGGUUACAGAUUUCUUUUCGAAUCAGCAAGCCAGAUCCUAAGUUGAAGAAUCCAGAUGGAAAACCCAAAAUGCACCACUACGAAGUUAUUGUCGAUACUCCUAUUGUACUCAUAUCCCCAUUUUGCGUCGUUGACGCCCUGGAGUUACCAUCAUAUGAUGAUGCGGUUAAUAUGAAAACUUUUGAUUGUACGUUACCAAGUAACAAGUUUUCCAUUUCUCCAGUUACUUCUGAUGACUUAGCAUUUACUGAUCUUGAUAGUGAUCCUACAUUUGCGCCCUGCUCUCCUUUGAUGAGUGGUACACUUCCACAAAUCAAUCACGACUAUUCUCACGGAAGCCCUAUCAUGAGCUUCCCCGGGAGCCCAAUAACCAAUGCUUUAGGAGCAUCACCUCAAUCACAAUAUGAAAUCGCUUCGACCCUACCAAGCUAUACCAGUUCUGAAAUUUUAUUUAAUCGAAAGAGAAGUAAUAGCUCACAGCAUAGCAAUGCUAAUCCAAUGAAUGCGACGUCACUGUUAUCUGCAGCUUUUGCCAAAUCGAGGAAUAGAGCUAAUAGUCUAAAUUCCAUGCUUGCUAGUAACGAAAUGAGUUCUUUAUCUCUAAAAUCUUCAGAAUCCAACUCUAAUAUUACUCUGCCACCAAAUUAUAACGAAAUUCGGAAAGAUGAUACGGGUAUCCCUUCAAUACCACCGGUGUAUGACACUGUUGUUGAAAAUAGCUUAAAAUCAAAGGUUGAAACAGUCUUAUCUCCACAAUAUAUUGAUAAAUCACGGCUUAGAGUGGACAAGCCUGUAAACAUCGAGGCUGAGCUGAAAGAUACCUUAGAGACUGAUACCGGAUCCAAAUUAUCUGUCAUGGGAUCUAUGAAUGAGCAAGAAAAUACGCCUUUUGAUGCCCGAUCUUCUUUGUCUAAAGCUAGCACAGCAUCGGAAAAUUUAAAGCUAAUUAAUGAAGAUGAAAAUAAAGAUUCUGACCUUCUGAUGAAAUUACAUAGUACGAGUUCUUUUAACAUCAACCUUGAUACUGAAACACGACCAAACAGUUUGGAGGUUAAUAGUAGAGAGGAUAUCGAAAGCAUAGUCAACAUGAACGUGGGAAAAAUAGCUACCCUAAAUUUAACCACAAGUCAUAAUGAGAGAUAA